UCUAUCCCCUUCCCUCUGAAGUGUGCACAUCGGGUGUCUUGUUUCUUCCGUCUCUCCCACAAACCUUGAAUUACACCAGACAGCAUCGGCCGCAUCUCAAUCCCACAUUCCAUGGGCCAUGCCGUGCAGAAACAUUCCGCUUCCCUUCAGGGCCUACCUGGCACCGGCACGGCACAGACUGUUCAGGGCAUCCCCUGUCCUAUUCUGCAUUAUUCCGAAGAAAAAUCGCCCAUUGUCUGGAUCCUUGGCCUCGCCUUGUCGUCGCCUCCGUCCCUGGCCACCAUCAGCCUGCGUCCGCCGUCCACCACUGACCAGUCCUCCUCAGGCUCCUCUCUUUUCGACCGCAUGCGUCGACCUGCAGUCCGACAGCUGAAGAAACAUGUGUGCUAAUCAAAGAAACCUCGACAGAAUGCAGUCAACUCGCUUGCCAAAACCAG